AUGCACCCCUCCGAAUCCUCAGCGACGACAAAAGAGAACAACGAAGAGUCUGCAAUCUUCCAACCCAUAUCAUUACCAUGUGGGCGAGUUGUACAAAAUCGGCUGGUGAAGGUCGCAAUGUACGAACAUCUUGCCACGCUUCUCGGAGGGGCUCCUAAUGCACACCACAUUCAUCUCUAUUCCGAAUGGGCAAAACACGAUUGGGGAAUUGUCAUAACUGGCAACGUCCAAAUUUCUGCAGAGCAUUUAACCUUAGGAAGAGAUCUUGUGCUUCCAAAGUCCUCGUCAGAUGUCGACAUACAAUCCUUCCGGGAAUUGGCUGACUCUAUCCAUGGCCUCCGCAACGUUGUCGGGAGAACGGUCCCUGUUCCCAACAGGACCCUCGCCAUUAUGCAGUUAAAUCACGCUGGUCGACAAUCCAGUAACUUCAUUGGCGGCCGCCGCCUGUUUCAAGCACCGUUGGCUCCUAGUGCCAUCCCCCUUGGAACCAGCGGCAACCCGUCUUUUGCCACGAGAAUGCUGCACUCGCUGCUUUUCCAGACACCCAAUGAAAUGACAGAAUCAGACAUUGAAGAGGUAGUAGAAGGAUUUACCCGCGGCGCUGUGGUGGCUCAAAAGGCUGGAUUCGAUGGUGUUCAACUACAUGCCGCUCAUGGCUACCUUCUAUCCCAAUUUCUUUCUAAAAAGGCAAAUAUCAGGACAGAUAAAUACUCUGCAGAUCUGGCAAUCAAAUUUGUCCAUCGCAUCGUCAAGCAGAUCCGCGAAUCCACUGAAAGCAAUUUUGUUGUUUCGAUCAAAUUGAAUGCAGCAGACUAUAUCAACAGAGAAUCUUCGCAGGCCGACUCAUUGACUGAGGCGGAGCAAGUCGCAUUACAGCACCUGAUCACCAUUGCAGACUGGGGACUAGUCGACAUUGUUGAGAUAAGUGGAGGGGAUUAUGAAAAGCCGGACUUCAUGUCGUCUGCAGACCAUUCGAAGCCUGCGCGUCAAGCCUUUUUCGCCCGUUUCUCACAGCAAGCGUUGAAAACUCUUCAUUCACGCGGAAAUUCGGUACCUCUCAUAUUACUGACAGGAGGCCUCAAAACGCCUGGGUUACUUCAGUCCGCUCUGGCAUGUAAACAUGCCGACCUCCUUGGAAUAGGUCGUGGAUCAGUUGUUUGUCCGGAACUUCCGUCUGUCCUUCGUGAACAUCUCCAAAGUUCGCAUCGAUGGGACCACAUUCCUUUCAAUCCUGAGCCCCGGCUACAAAUGCCUUGGAUAAUUCUUUAUCCGCCAUUCAGUUGGGUUUGGAAUGUUGUCAACCAAAUUAAAUUAAUUGGUGCUGGGGUUACGUUGGCGUGGUAUGUUGUUACAAUGAGGCAACUUGCACAUUGUGGUGCGUCGGGAGCAAAGUUUAAGCCUUAUUAUCACACUGGGGGUUUGCAGUCAAUUUUUAGGAUGUGGGUGUGGAGGGUGGAUGGAAUGAAGACAAUUCUUUAUCGGAUAUUACCUAUCCUUGUGGUCUUCGUAUUGGCAGCGAGCCUGUAUAGAUGA